GAUUACUUUGACAGAGUUGGCAGCAUGCUGCAUUCCUUGCCAAUCCCUGCAUUGAACAUCGUUCAAACACAAAAAGCGCUGAAGUAGGAGGCUCCGGGUAGUUGAUUUUAAUGUAGUGUCGUGCAAGAAUCCUUCUGUGAUACCAGAAAGAGGCUGACGAAGUCAAGAUCAUGGCGACCGUGCUUGAUGGAAGCAAUGCUACCUGCGAAGCGGCCAAUGGUCUGAGUAAGGAGAAGUUGGCGAGCAGCAAAGACCUAUUCCUAAAAGUGUAUGAGCAACUAGUGAGGGAGCUGUUGGAGGACAGCAAGGUCUACACAUUCACCGAAGAAGCGAGGGCCUGGACAAAGAAGAUGACCGACUACACGGUGCCGGGGGGGAAGUUGAAUAGGGGGCUGUCAGUAAUUGACAGCCUGCGGUUACUGAAGGAAGGGAACCUUACGGACGAGGAGGAGUUUCGGGCGUGCGCCCUGGGGUGGUGUAUAGAGUGGUUGCAAGGCUACUUCCUGGUUGAGGAUGACAUCAUGGACAAGUCUGUCACGAGGAGGGGCCAACCGUGCUGGUACCGGGUGCCCCAGGUGGGCUUGAUUGCAAUCAACGACGGCAUACUGCUGGACAGCCACAUAUACCGCAUUCUGAAGCGGCACUUCAAGGCGUUGCCAAUCUACAUCGACCUCGUGGACCUCUUUCAUGACGUUACGUACCAGACGGCGUGCGGGCAGCAGCUCGACCUGAUUACGACACCGGAGGGCACCGUGGAUCUCUCCAAGUACACAAUGUCAACGUAUUUGAAGAUUGUACAGUACAAAACCGCCUACUACUCCUUUUACUUGCCAGUUGCGUGCGCGUUGUACCUCGCGGGCGAAGCGUCCCCGGAGAACCUGCAGAUUGCGGAGGAGAUUCUCAUCGCGAUGGGAACCUACUUUCAAGUCCAGGACGAUUAUUUGGAUUGCUAUGGGGCGCCAGAGGUUAUCGGAAAGAUCGGGACGGACAUUGAGGACACCAAGUGCUCGUGGCUCGUCGUCCAAGCGCUUCAGCGGGCCAACGACGACCAGAAAAGGACAAUAGAGGAGAAAUACGGAAGGGCCGACCCUGCCUGCGUGGCGGAGAUCAAGAAACUGUAUGCCGAGUUGAAGCUGGAGGCCGCGUUCCAGGAGUACGAGCAGCAAAGCUACGACGAGUUGACGGCCGCCAUCCGAAAGGUGGACAGCAAAAGGCUACAAGCUGUCUUUCUCACGUUUCUCGGAAAAGUCUACAAGAGGCAAAAGUAAGGUAUGCAGUUCACUUACGUGUUGACUUUUCGCUCCUUUAUCAAGUGCCGGAGUCGGAGUGCAUACUAAGAAGGAGGUCCCUUGAGCGUAAGUCCGAGUAGUCGAAAGCAUUAUGAUUGAGUCGUGUUCAAGAAUUUUCAUUUGCUCGUCCUUUUGGUGCGGACACCAUCAUCAUGCACGAUGAUGCUAUUUGAAUGUCAAGCACCAGCAUAAAAGCAGUACUUGGCGUUCUCGGGACUCCGGCCAACAACGGUUCAAACUCUCUCUGUAGAACCUAUCAGAUGGGGCGGACAUUGAUGCCGCAUCCAUUUACCAAGACAUGCCAUGCACUGAAUGCGGGCCAUGUGCA